AUGUCUGGUUAUAGUAAUUCCACUAACAAUGCACAAGGUGAUGGACAAGUUGGUAUACCCUCUGCCUACAGAGGAGUCAGGAAGAGAAAAUGGGGCAAAUGGGUAUCCGAAAUCCGUGAACCGGGUACCAAGAACCGUAUCUGGCUAGGGAGUUUCGAGACUCCUGAAAUGGCUGCAGCUGCCUAUGACGUGGCAGCAUUCCAUUUCAGAGGACGUGAGGCUCGUCUCAACUUCCCUGAGCUUAUCAGCAGCCUGCCACGCCCUGUAGACUCCAGCUCAGACAGCAUUCGCAUGGCGGCUCAUGAGGCAGCACUCUACCUCAGAACCCAACCAGUAGAGUCAGUCAUGCAAGUGGACACCACAAGCUCCUCUAAUGCUGGUCUAGCGAUGGUCAGACUCUCCUCCAGAGAGAUUCAAGCGAUCAACGAGGCGACUUUGGGAUCUCCUACCAUGAUGAUGCAUUCAACAUAUGAUUCAAUGGGGUUUGGCUAUGAUAUGGGGAUGAAUGUUUGGGACACAUACAUGACUGAAUCUCUUUGGGACCCUUAGUACUAAACUCAUGGAGAGUUUCUACAUCUUAACAAUACUGGAUUAAUACCAGCUUAAGUCAGUUUCUAGCACAAGGGUUGUUGAUUGUGACGUUAUAGCAAAGAAUAAAGCUCACCUAAGUUUUGGAGGGAAGAGCUUGAUGGGUCCCAGGCAUGGAUCUCUUCACCAAUAUUUUGAAAUUUAUUUGUCACUAGUAGAUGCAUAGCUUCUAUUUUAUAAGCUAUGUUAAAGAUUGUGAGGUGUGACUUGUUUUAUUAUUUUUUCCAAUUCUUUGUUACCCUAUAUGCUUAUGUAAUUCUUUGUUCAGUAACUUUGAUUUGAUUUGGUAUUAUGUUGUAUGGAUUCCUGAAAAUUAUAAGAUGUUUAUUAUUCU